CACGUGAUUGCAUACGUUUGACGUCACGCCACGUGAUUGCAUGGUAUAAAACCUGGGUGGAGGGAUCGUUCGACAUUUUUUUAAUGGCUGACCUCUCAAACGAGUUAUCCAACCACCAAAACAGCAAAGGAUAGAAUUUGUUUUUAGUAUAUAUCGCAGAAUCUCCAAGAUACCUUUGUGAUUGCUCAGGUCAGCCUCAAGAACCUCAGAAUGGCUGUGAAUAUAUCUACAAGAAGGUUGUUCGCCGGUAGUGCAAGCAAGUUGAAGCUUUUACGAGGGAUUAACACCCAAGCUGACUUUUCAGGUUUGAGAGCAGCUGCUGUGUAUGAUAGUAACCUUGGAUUUGGCUAUAAUGGAAAGGGGGAGAUAGUUAUUGUGGGACCUCAAAGAAAAGGGGUGAUUGUCAAUGGGCACAAUUAUGGUUUGCUGUUCAACAAACCUGAUGUUUCAGAGACAUCUACAGAUCUACUGCUUAAGCCCAUCAGAGAUCAUGAUCUCUGGGUUGAAGGGCACACAAAAACACGAGGUGGUACCCCUUGGUAUAGGCCAGUGGUUCCUAGGCGUGGGCCACAGUUUGCUGGUGCUGCUACCUUCUCCAGCCUCGCCGGUGAUGGUUACAGCUCUAAGGGCAAGGACAUCCCCACCUCCCUUGUCAUAUUUGACAAAGACGGCACCCUGAUCAACUGCAACUCAGUGUGGAUACCCUGGUUCAAGGCACACGUUGAUGAGAUUGAAAGGUCGACUGGGAUGGAUUUAGCAGAUAAGCUCUACGAAGCUGUUGGCUACUGCCCAGUGAAGAAUGAAUACCAUGAAGAUGCACUCCUAGCUCAUGCUGUUAUUGCCGACAUCAAGAAUAAAGUGAAAGAGGUUCUGGUCAAGUGUGGGUUAGACAGCAUGGAAGCUCAUGUUCUGGUGGAAAACUGCUGUAAUGAUUUUGACACUGGGAAUGAAGAGAUGCUUGAACCUCUUGGUGACCUAAACAACAUUUUCUCCACCCUCAAAUCCAACAAUGUGAAGAUUGCGGUGUGCACUGCAGACUCGAGAAGUGGCACCAUGUCAGCACUGGAUCGGCUGGGCCUAACCUCAAUGGUUGACAUGGUUGUGUGUGGUGAUGAUGAGAUCUCUAAACCUAAACCAGCCCCUGAUAAUGCCCUUAACAUCUGCAGGAACCUUAACGUGUGCCCCACAAAAACUGUAGUAAUCGGAGAUACCACUGCUGACACAGGUAUGGGCCGAUCUGCAGGACUGGGGCUUACAGUUGGGGUUCUUUCAGGUGCUGGGUCCAGAAAGUCACUUGAGAAGGACUCUGAUGUUGUUGUAGACAGUGUGAACGAACUUCUUGGUAUUAUAUUUCGACCUUAAAAAUAUCAGUAAGGGUCAAUUAUUUAUUAUUGUUGUAAAUAGGCUAUAAAUAUUUCGUAAUUUUAAAAAAGGUUCAGUGCCAAUUCCUAUAGGGGCCAAGGGGCUUUUUCCCUUCCAGUUUUUUCCUUAAAUCUUAGUGAAAUGACCAAGAGUGGCGUGGCUGUGCCCCCUAGUUUCCUUUUUUCCCUUGUAUGUACUGUGCAACCUACCCUCCCUAGUUUGAGAGGGUGUGAUGUUUUUUUUUUUUUCUAAAUAAUACUUUUUUUAGUGAUCGCUCGAGAAUACUUUAUGGAACAACAAAAAAAAAACAAGAUAACGGUAAUUUGAAAAGGUGUGAUGACAAAGAAUUUUGAGGGGGGUCAUAUUUUAAUUGACAUUUUAAAGUACUCACAUACGUUUCUGGGUUAUUGACUAUAUAGUGUUGAAUAAAAAGUAAACUUAAAGUAAACUUAAAAUUCAAUAAAGUAAAUUGAAAUAGA